GGUCCUCUGACCUGACGCCCACACACCACUUCUCCAGGUCCCUGAUUCUUGGCAAAUGUUAACACCAUGAGUUUCGUGGCAUACGAGGAGCUGAUCAAGGAAGGCGACACAGCCAUCCUGUCACUGGGCCAUGGCUCGAUGGUGGCAGUGCGUGUGCAGCGUGGGGCACAGACCCAGACCCGGCAUGGCGUCCUGCGGCACUCAGUGGACCUCAUUGGGCGUCCAUUUGGCUCCAAGGUGACUUGCAGCAGAGGCGGCUGGGUGUAUGUGCUGCACCCUACUCCCGAGCUCUGGACGGUGAACCUGCCCCACCGCACACAGAUCCUCUACUCUACCGACAUUGCCUUAAUCACCAUGAUGCUGGAGCUGCGGCCCGGUUCUGUGGUCUGUGAAUCAGGCACGGGCAGCGGUUCCGUGUCCCACGCGAUCAUCCGCAGUAUCGCCCCCACGGGCCACCUACACACGGUAGAAUUCCACCAGCAGCGGGCAGACAAGGCCCGGGAGGAGUUCCAGCAGCAUCGGGUGAGCCAGUGGGUGACUGUGCACACUCAGGAUGUGUGCCGGAGUGGCUUCGGUGUGGUUCACGUGGCUGACGCCGUCUUCUUGGAUAUCCCAUCACCCUGGGAAGCUGUGGGCCAUGCCUGGGAUGCCCUCAAGGUUGAAGGUGGGCGCUUCUGCUCCUUCUCGCCGUGCAUUGAACAGGUGCAGCGCACAUGCCAGGCCCUGGCAGCCCAUGGCUUCACAGAGCUCAGCACCCUGGAGGUGCUGCCACAGGUCUACAAUGUGCGCACUGUCAGUCUGCCCUUGCCUGACCUGGGGGCCGACGACUUAGAGGGCAACGUGGGCUCUGAUGCCACCCCCUUCCGUAGUGGCACACCCAUGAAGGAGACUGUGGGCCACACUGGCUACCUCACUUUUGCCACCAAGACCCCAGGCUAGUGGGCCUCCAAAGGAAUAUCGGAGGCCAGCCGGAGGCCAGAGGCUGCCUUAUAUGGUCAGCCACUGCGUUUAGAAAGAGAUGGGGGAGGGGCCUCCUGGGUGGUUGGGGAAUAGGCUGGCCCGCUCAGUUGGGAGGCACUCCUGUCUUCUGAGAGGGAACCUCCGCUUCCUCACUGCCCAGCUCAAGCGCAGCCCCUGCUCUUUGUUGUCAACAUGAAGUUUCCCCUCCACAGCUUUCCUGGGUUUUGGGACCAAAUGGUACAACUUGAGAGCAGCAGAAGCUUGGGGCACUGUCUGAAGCCCCAGCUGACCUACAGGAGCAACGGACUAUCCCAUCCCUGGUCCAAGGCUCCAGCCCCUGGUGGUCCAGAGCUUAGCCAGAAGCUGUGGUUGAGCUAAGCUCAGAAAGCUGGGCCUAUAUUCAUCUUCCUAUACCUCCCUGAGGCUGAUGGAGGGACCAGGCCAGCUUAGGAUCAAAGGACGUGACUCCAUAAUCUUGUGCUGCACAGGCCCUGUGUGAGCGUGCCCGUGUGAGCGCGCCCGUGAGCUCCUGAUGUGCUGUCACCUGAGGUUAGGCGGCAUCCUGUGGAGAUGGCAUGCAGCAGGUUAGGUCCAUGCUUCCAGUGGCCUGUCAAGCCCUUGUUGGAGCUAGGGUCAAAGAGCAGGUCAUAGAGGAGGCCAUCAUGUGCUAAGAGCCCUGUCUAUGGACUUGCUGCAUGUGUCACCUUGGUGUCCAUUCCCACCCAGUAUGUGGCUGGCUUCACGGGAGUUUCAUAUUGGUGCGAGGCUGCCCUGUAGCUGCUGGUGAUGUGUGAAACCAGCCACUGAGAGACUUAACCAUGUCAUAUGUCAUACCUGACAUUACCUAGAGGAGCAAUAAAUGUUUUACCCCACUGUGCUUA